GCUUUACAGUGCUGUCGGUAGUUGGUCCUGAUUUGUUCGAAGAAACUGUUCGCGUGUCGAUGGCAAUCAAGGAUGGAUGGCGAUGUUUACUAUUUCGAAGCGGACGAGCUCUUUUGAGAUUGAGACUACGUAAGUACUUUUUACGAAGACGAUAGAUUUUCACAAGUAAUUAGUAUUACAAGAAACAACAUGGCCAAAAUGUUCUCCCUACUUUUCUCUCCUGUCGUUGCAUUUAUCGCGGCUGUGCAGCGAGGACUCGUCACUGCCACCGAAGACUCCAACACCUGUUUAUUCCGUGCCAACCACACUACAUCCUGGAGGAGCACAGAAGAAGCAUCCCUCAACGCGCACGUUGUCCUCUUUGACGACAACUAUCAUCCGAUAUUCAGAGACGUCUUUUUUGGAGGAGAUGGUCAUAACAAGGUAGGUGGGAGAAGGGGAGCAGGAGGUCUUACUAUCUCACCAACGACAGCAAAGGACUUCGUUGAUCGGCUGAUACAAAGGACCCUGCAAGACCGAUCUACUAAUGGAGCAGUUGCUGACCUACUACAGAAAACCAAUAGCACAAAUCAGAGUAGGUUAUCACGACAGCAGCGGAACCAGCGACAGCAUCUGCAAGCCUUUAGGGUGGCGCGUCUUGCGAGGAGAACGAGGGAGAUUGAUCAAGUCAGAUCAAGUGAGAAUCAAAACGAAAGCGGAGAGGAACUACUAAGUGCAAGAAGUGGUAGUUCCUCUCGACUAAAAAAGCAGCAACAAUUGGUCUCCGGAACCUUGCAGAGGUUGCUUGCCUCGAACAGCUAUUCACGGGUGGGGUACGAUGACAAAGUGUUACUCGUUCGUACGUUGCUGGGAGGGAUCACGGGUCUAUUUUCACAGCAGAGAGAAGUACAACACCAGUCGGCUGAUGCUGCUUCGCCGAUAGAACCUGUUAAGAUCGCAGACGGAGAACAGCUUUACUCAACAGGUGCUAGCGCCGAACUUCUUCCACCCGCAAACAAAGAACCACUAGAUCCUACUACAACUAAUUCAGAAAGCCCAACUGCUUCAAGAAAGCGACGUCGUUGGAGUCUCCUACACGUACCUGAUGUGCAUUUGAACAUGCCGUUGACCGACAGGGAUCGACCAUUUAACGUGAGGAUGGACAAUGCCUUUAGAAAUGCGAGGAAUGUUCAUUUGAGAAAAAGGGCUCCAGACGAUGUACUAGGUAUUAACGCGGAUUAUAGUGGAGUACAACAGCAACAGGUGAACAGCGAGCAUCAAGUACAGCCCAAAGUCUCCACUUCCAAUCCUCGAGAGACUUUUGAAGCCCUACUAGACCUCUACGAACGCGAGAAAGCAGAUCUACUACUUCUAGGUGGCGAUUUGUUCAAUUUUCCGCAGGACUCAGCGGUACAGUGGGUCUUAGAGCAAUUGGAAAGGAGACAAGUUCGGUUUCUUUUCACUGCAGGAAACCAUGACUGGAUGACAGAGGGCAAGCCACAAGAACCUAGGGAAUUGCAGAUAAGGACAUCAUGGGAGGGGGUAUUGAAGCCGAUGCUGCACAUGGCAAAUCGGCAAAGUCAUGAACCGUUCCAGAGGCCAGUGGAGCUAGUAGAGCUGGGAGGGUCGGGAGAAGACGCGGAGCUAUUGUUAUGGUUUUUUAGAUUGUGACGCAAUGUGUGGCUCAAGGUACAUCCGCAACGAGGAAGCAGUAACCUAGGCGCUAAGAACCCUGUCUAUAAUGGUGCUCGUGACUAACUGGGAGCUGUGUUCUAGAAAAACAAGAAUAAAAGGAGAGCUUGAACAAAACGAACAUCAACAAGCUUGACCCGAUCAUGAUCAUCAGAGUAAGUCUAACGUGAAAAUAUCUUGAACCUUAAGAAGGAAAUGCAAGAAACUGGUCUUCUCUAAUUUCCGUGAUCACCCUAGAAGGAAACCCAAGAAACUGGUCUUCUCUAAUUUCUGUGAUCACCCUGGACAACUCGGACUUGCAGGUACAGCCUUCCCAGCGCAGUUUCGUUCUCCAUCAUUUGGAGCGCAAUAUUCCCACUGUCCUCGUGAUGCACUAUGGCAUACACUUGCAGUCACAUCAAUCUUCCAAGUUCGUUUUGUGCGGCGAUCGACGCUACGGCUGGGACGCAGAUACGGGUUGGCAGGUAGAAAAACGUGAACGAUGGCCGCGUAGUGGCAAUUUGGCAAGUACUGAAGCUUUCGUCAGAGACUUGCUGAAUCAAUAUGCUAGUCCGAGAGGAUCAUUAGUUGCAAUUCUGUCAGGACACGAACACAUACAUCGCGUAGAUUCGUUGUCGCAGCAUGCGAAACAGUAUGUAAGUCUACCUGGUUAUGAAGGUGGAUAUCGGAAAGUAGUGGUGGAAGAUUUGAGGAGCUAUUGAUAUGAAAGGCUAUGUCAUGUGGAUGAAGUAGUACUCUAAGGACAAGGGCGUGCUCGCGCGGCGGAUCGUUUAUUGAAAUAAGAGUGGUAGUAGUGUCUG